AUGGCUUCACUCAGCCAGCGGCGGUCGCAGAUCUUCCGCGGAACUCGCAUCGCUCUUGGCGACAAUUUCCGUACUGAUAUGCAUAUCAGUGACAUGGAGGUGGCCAUCACCCGCCGUGGUGGUCAGGUCACCCGCGAGGUUGACAAGGAUACCACCAUCCUGAUCACGUCGGACAAGGACUACAUGCGCAAGUCUAACAACGUCAAGGCAGCCCUCGUCAAGGGCGGCAAGGCAGUCCCCAUCGUCGAGUGGCAGUGGCUCAUGGACUGCAUCGACCGGAACCACAAGCGUCCCGUGAAGCUGUACAGGCUCGAGCAGAACAAGAAGCAGCGCAAGGAAGACGAGGAGGAAGCGCAGGCCGAGGCCGCCAUCUAUGCUGAGAAAAUGGAGCGCGAGGGUCUCUUCAUCAACUGGGAGCUUAAUGACAUCUACACCGACGCCACGGGCUUCAAGUUCAAAGUCCGCCUCACCAGGCCUCGUGCCGAGAACGGCGAGAUGGACGAGGACGAGCGCAGCCUCGUGGCGGCUGCUAGUGGCAGGACGGAUGACCGGCCCAGGGACAACGAGCAUGAGAUCAUGACCCUCUAUCUCGCCGAGUCCAAGGAGAAGAACCCCACGCUCUACACCUUCGCUUUCGAGUACCAGAAGCGCAAGGGCGGCAAGAAAUACAAGAACCGUCCCACCUUCGCCGGAGGCGUCUUUGCCGACGAGUUCGCGCGCUUCAAGGACUUCUUUGAGCGCAAGUGCGGCAUCUCGUGGGACGAGCGCCUUGCCAGGGUCGGCGUGAUGAGGCACCUCAACUUCUUCGAGUACGACCCUCCUGCCAACUCGGGUGUUCCUCUUGGACUGAUCGAGGGGGAUGAUAAUAUCCCGGAGGCCUACAAGGAGGCCGUUAUGGCCCAGAGAGAGGCCGCAGAGGCCCAGGCCAUACAGAACGAGAUCGCCGAACUCUUUGGCGAGUGA